AUGGCGACUGCAAAGAGCGAGGUUGCUGAACACAUGGAAGGUAUGGAGGACGCACUCGCCAAGAUGCAAUCACUUCCACUCAAGAUCAAGGCAUGCUGGUCCACGAAUCCAAAUGCGCCGACUAAUAAAUCCACAAAGACGGUGCACUUUGUCCGACAUGGCCAAGGCUUCCAUAACCUCGCAGCUGAUAUUGCAAGAAAAAAUGGAAAAACAUGGAUACCACAUACUUUGGAUGAAAAUAACCCAUAUAUCAUGCCAGAGAUUUUGGAUGCUCCACUAACAGAAAGGGGUCGUCAAGAGGCCAUUUCUCUUCAGGAAACCGUCAACCAAAUGAAGGACAAACCCGAGUUGAUUGUGUUUUCUCCCCACUGCCGUGCGCUUCAAACUGGACUGUUAGUCUUUGAGGAAUUGGAGGGAAAUAUUCCUUACCUUGCCCACGAAAUGGUUCGAGAACAGUUUGGAGUCCACGUCUGCGACAAGCGAAGACCCAAGAGUCGUCAAGAAAAAGAGUUCCGAGCGGUUGACUUUUCGAUGAUUGAAACCGAAGAAGAUGUCUUGUUCUUGUCUGACCGGAGAGAGACUAAGGUAGAAGUUGCCACUCGAGCAUACAAGUUUUUCGAAUGGCUGGAAUCCCGUCCCGAAAAGCACAUUGGAGUUGCUUCGCACAGCGCUUGGUUGCUGACAGUAUUCAAUGCGAACCUAGAAUGUGAAGAGUCGCUAAAGGCGUGGUUUGAAACAGGUGAAAUGAGAAGUGUCGUGCUCGAGUUUUGUCGCUGA